AUGUUGUCUCUUAUUAUUUAUGUAAUAAUAAUUACCCUUCUAAUAACUACAAUAACUUUAAUAAUAAAUGGUACUAUAUUAUAUUCCAUAAUAUCAAAAUUUUGGAUACCACCAAUAUUUGUAUCAAAUAAUGCAAAUAAUGGAAUUAUAAAUAAUAAUACUUGCAAAAAAUACACUUUUAAUGAAAAAGAAUAUUGCUACUAUAUUAUUGAAAGUAAAAAUCUAAAUUUAGAUUUUAAAACAGAUAAUUUGAUGCCAAUAAUAUGGUUUACUGGUGAUUAUUUUCAAUCGACAAAAAUUCAAAAAUAUUUCUUUGAAAUGUUGUCAUACAAUACGGGGCGUACAGUUUGUGUAUUUGAGUACCCGACAUGCUUACAAGAAUAUUUAUAUGAAACAAUGCAUUGCAUUAUUAAUUUACUGCACAAUAUAGUAUUUCCACAAUUGAGAAUAAAAAUAAAUUUGGAUGAUAUUCCAUUGGGAAAAGUUGAAGAUAAAGAUAAAUUUAUUUUAGCUGGUAAUAACUCUGGAUGUUUCUAUGCAAUGUUAUACUUAGAUUAUUUAAUAAAUACCAAAAAACAAUUUAUUGUAUAUGAAUGUAUAUUCUUUGAUGGUAUUUAUAAUAUACUGAGUGUACCAAAUCCUUAUUACAGGUGGCUGUGGAAACGAAAUCUUUCGUAUAGUAAAAAUAUAUGUGAAGAGAUUGAAAAUUGUUCAUUAGAUCGGAGCAAUUGUUCAGAUGAUAAAAACGCUCCUACAAAAUGCCCCAAACUAUCGAAAGAAUGUGAAAAUUGUUUGCGAUUUCAUCAUUGUUUGAACAAUAAACGUUUUACACCAGUUGAUAUAAAUGUUAUUACGUCAAAUGAUAAAUUUCAUUAUGACAUUAAUGAGUCGUUUGUUAAAGAAGAUAACCAUCAUCGUACAUUAACUGAAUUACCUCGUGAUUCUAUUAAUUGGACGUAUUUCUAUUACUACGAAAAAAUGCAAUCAAUUAUUGCUAAAUGCUUUCGUCUCGAUUCAUACUAAAAAUUAUACUUAUGAUUUAUUAACAAUGGAAAAUU